AUGGAAUAUAUGCCGCAUGAUAAAAUGAUGAUCAAGGAUGAUAUUUUAAAAAGAAAUAUUGAUCAGACAAAGUCAACUGUAGACGAAUCUGUUCUAUGUUCUAAUAAACGCAAUUGUGUAGUAGACGGUGAAAAUUUUCAUCAAAAGAAUUCUACGAUAACUCAAAGACGUAAAUUAAUUCCUAUUAUUUUUCAUUUUGCAUCUGAAGAAAGCAUCGAUAUUCAUAAAUCUGCAUUAUCAACUAUUAAUUCAUCACAAUUAGAGACUGAUGAAAACGGAAAUGAAAUUAUGGAUAAGAAUAGACCGAAAACUAGAUCAUGUCAAUCAGAAAUCAUACUAUCACAUCAAAUCGGUACAGCAGUUGAAAAUAAUUCAUCAUUAUCGAUAUCAAAUACUCUAUUAGACAGAUCAUUAAGCGAUUACAAGUUAACUACACUUCAUAUUUCACCACACAACUCUAUCGGCUGUACAUGGAAAUAA